AUGGACAAAAGAGAGUUGGGUGAUAAGAUUGCAGCUUUGUUGUUUAGAGAGUACAAUAAAUUAAAGAAAUCGAACAAACCUAUUAAAAAAUCUAACGGAAUAAAAGAAUGGACAAUUAUAUCUGGAAUAGUAGCCGUUAGUAAUAAAGAUACAAACAUAAUUAAAGUCAUAUCAUUAGCUACCGGUGUGAAAGCUACACCAGAUUCUGAAUUGAAAAGAAGUCAGGGCUCUAUAGUUCAUGAUUGUCAUGCAGAAAUACUUGCAAUUAGAGGAUUUAACACAACAUUACUAAGGGAAAUAGAAAACAAAGAAAUUGAUGAUACAAAUAGCUGUGAUUUGAUUUAUAAAGUGGAAAAUUCUAAAUGCAAAAAAUAUUCUUGGAACGAUGAGUAUGAUUUAGGCCUUUACAUAUCAAAGCUACCUUGUGGUGACUCGAGCAUGGAAGAAGAAAACUCUCUUGAAAGUAAUUCAUUAAUACAGUUUCAAGAAAACGAUCUUACUCAAUAUGUAGAUCCAACUAUAAGAACAAUUUUAAGAGGUAGGAUUAAUUAUAAUAAAUCGGGUUGUGUGAGAACAAAACCUGGCAGAAUUGAUUCUGAAAUUACUUUUUCUAAAUCUUGUUCCGACAAAAUAUGCAUCAAACAAGUUCUAUCCCUACUGAACAGUUUAAAUACUGAAUUACUUGAAAGUCCAAUAUAUAUUAAGUACUUAGUAUGUCCAGAUAUUAAACCCCAAAACUUAAUUUUACUUAAGAAAAGUUUUAAUAGGAUAGAAAAUAUUAAAUUAGAAGUAUCAUCAUCAUAUAGGUACCAUCCAUUAUCUUUUAUUCCCAGCUCGAUACAAUUUCAAGAUGGAAAGACCAAUGACCUUCAGGAGCCUAGUUUCACUAGUGUCGUUAAAAUAUUUAAUAGUAAUGACAAAUUUGGACUAGAGCAGUCAAUAGUAAACGGGGUAAAAAUGGGUGCAUAUACUAAGAAAUCGAAGCCAUUAUCUAAAAAUGCAAUGACAAUAGUGAGUAGAACGUUUCAAUGGAAUAUAUUUAAAAAUAUUAUGCCUGAAUUUGAGCAAUAUUCCUAUUUAACAUUUAAACGAUUUCAAACUGACCGCAUUGAAACUAGGAAUAGGAUACGGAAAUGUCUCUCACAAGAUGGAUGGAUCUCUACUUUUAAUGAUGACAUUAUAUAA